GGCCGCGGGAGCGCGGGCGGGGCCAAGUAGCGCUGCGAUGGCCUCGCAGAACGCGGACCCCGCCGCCCGCCCCAGCGCCGCCCGCAAGGGGGCCGAGCCCGGCAGCAGCGCGGCCCGCGGCUCCGUGGGGAAGCGGCUGCAGCAGGAGCUGAUGGCGCUGAUGAUGGCCGGCGACAAAGGGAUCUCCGCCUUCCCCGAGUCGGACAAUCUCUUCCGCUGGAUCGGGACCAUCGACGGUGCCGCUGGGACGGUGUACGAGGAGCUGAGGUAUAAGCUCUCCCUGGAGUUCCCCGACGGGUAUCCCUACAACGCCCCCACCGUCAAGUUCCUCACCCCCUGCUACCAUCCCAACGUGGACACGCAGGGCAACAUCUGCCUGGACAUCCUCAAGGACAAGUGGUCGGCGCUCUACGACGUCCGGACGAUCCUGCUGUCCAUUCAGAGCCUGCUGGGAGAGCCGAACGUUGAGAGCCCCCUGAAUACACAUGCGGCCGAACUCUGGAAGAACCAAGCAGCCUUCAAGAAAUACCUGCAGGAAACGUACGCAAAGCAGGCCAAGAGCCAGGAGACCUGAUGCCUGUCCAAGCCGCAGCUCUUUGUCUGUCUGUCCCUAUCUGCUCUCUGGAACUGUCCUCUGACUGCUCUGUACAGGACUCUGUAUCAUAUGCUGGUUUUAAAUUCAUUCUGCAGGUGGAACCCACGGUUACUGUAUAAAUAAACUCUCGUUUUUUAACUUUG